AUGUCAAAUUCCGAGCCUGCUGCAAAACGACUCUCCCUUGGAGCCAAAACACCACGGCGUUCAUUGUCUUCCCUAAUAAGUGAAACACGUGCAAAACUUGCCGAGACUUCUAGCGUGUCUAUAUUUAAUACACCAUUAGGAAAAAAAAAUGCACCUAAAAGACUAACAAAGAAUAGCUUUAAAUCCCCACAAGUCGAACAAAAAGACCCAGAAAUUAAAGCUAUGAUCGAAAAACAACAUAAAUUAGAAAGAGAUAUAGAGAAUGCAAAUAAUAAUAUUCGAAAGAUUAAAUUAUUAUUGUCAUAUCAAGGAAAGAAUGAAGAUGAAAAUAAUGACCUACUUAUAAAAAAAUGGAGACGUGCAAGUCAAGAAGCUGCGGAAUAUUUAUUUGAAAAAAUGCCAAAGGAGCAAUCUUCAUUUCUUGAAGAAUCAGGAUUUUCAAAUUCUUGGAAUGAAAGUUGGGGAUGGGAAGAUAAUGAACAACAGCAAAGAUACUAUAAUUCAGAUCAAGAUGAUGAUGAAAAUUACUGUGAACAACAAGAAAAUGUGGAACCGAAAGGUACAAUGAAAUAUAUGCUCAAGAAGAUGGGAAUUGAUCUUGAUUUAGUUAAGUGGAAUGAAGAUGAGGAAUGUUUCGAAGAAUGA